AUGACAAAAGACUAUUCAAAUGUCAGGUCAUCUUCAGAUCGUAUUGUCAACCAUCUAGCAGCAGAUGAUGACCAAGACGAGUCGACUCGGUUAGGAGGAACAGAAGAUGGUGUAAUAUUAACAUCUACAACAAGUACAACUAGUAAUAAUAACAAUAAUAAUGAUAUUAAUAGUAAUAAUAAUAAUAAUAAUAAUGACGACGAUGACAUUAAUCUAGAUGAAAAGAAACAAGUAAAAUCAUCAUUGUUGAAACCAACAAGUAAAAGUGGUUCCGACGAAGAUGACGACGACGAAGACAAUCAUAAUGGUAUCGAAAUGAAAUCACUUAAACCAGUAUCUAUAGAUGAUUCUAUUACUAUUAGAGAAAGUUCAGAACGAAACAAGACAGAUGCCGAAAAGUUAAUGAUGGAACCCGAAGAGCCACCAGCCAUUUCACGUCAACAAUGGAUACGUAUUUUGGUCAUCUAUUCGGCUGUCUUGUCGGACGGUCUUUCACUUACACUGGUACAACCAUUCCUACCAUCACUUUUAAAGGAAAAGUGGGGAUUCGAAGAGUCAGAGGUUGGAUGGGCAUCCGGUCUUUUAAUAGGUUGCUAUUCACUGGCUCGUUUCUUUUCAUCGUUUUAUCUUGGUCACAUGUCCGAUCGUUUUGGUCGUAAACCUUUUCUCGUAUUAUCACUCGUUUCAACUGGUAUAGGAACUGCCAUUUUUUCAUUCAUGCCAAAUCUUGUUCUUGCUAUGAUAGUAAGAUUUUUAGAAGGUAUAUUUAGUAAUACUACAGCACUUUGUCAAGCUACGUUGGCAGAUAUGGUUGACAAGAGAAAUCGCCCAGCCAUUUUUGCAUACUUGGGGGCUAUUUUUGCAUUGUCGAGGUGUCUUAGUUCGACGUUGGGUGGUAUCGUCGUUAAACUGGCCGAGAACACCGAGAAUCCAUAUGUUUAUCCUUGUGUGUUGGGUGGAGCCAUUGUCUUGACCUCUUCUGUCUUGGUAUUCAUACUUCACCCAGAAACUCAUCCUAGAUUUGCCAAACCUGGUAUUAAUGCAAAUCAAGAAGAUUUUAACAAACAAGGAGGUAAACAAUAUACAUUAAAAGAAGGAUUAAAAUUAUUGGCACAAGAUCAUUCAUUGGUAUUAUUAUUUAUCAUUGGUAGUAUUAAUAGUUAUAAUAACGGUGGUUUGUUAUUAUCUAUUGUAUUGUAUGCAUCGUUGCCAACCGAUAAACAUGGUUUGGGAAUGGAUCCAAGUGAGAAUGGUAUCAUAUUUAGUGUAUUGGGUUUAUUUGGAUUCCUCUUUCAAAUCACCUUUUUCAAGAAAUUGUCUCGCAAGAUUGGUCUCAAGAAACAGUAUCUUUUGGGAUCCAUGUUGUUGGCUGUUGGUAUGGCUAUCUUCCCAUUGACAUUUAUGGGUUACAUUGUGCAGGGCAAGGCCAUGGUAUGGGUGUUGCUCAUGAUCAUCGUGCCCAUCAAUUCAAUUGGCUUUAUGCAAUGUCUGCCCAUCGUACAGGGUAUGAUUGCCAAUGCAUCGAGGACAGAACUACAAGGGUUGACACAGGGUACUGCACAGUCACUCAACUCACUGUUGCGUUCCUUUGGUCCAACCAUCUCUGGAGCACUCUUUUCACUAUCACUCAGUUUCCCAAGUCCAAGUCCAUGGUUACUCUUUUCAAUUCUUUCAAUUGUCUAUGUUGCACUUGCUAUAACUAGUUUACAUCUACCAGAUUCAGUCGAUGUUUUAAGAACUGGUAAAAAGAGUGUUUCAAAGGCCUAA